AUGGUCAAAGCACCCACAUCCGAAUCAAUCGCCCUGGGGCCACAUAAACAACAUGAUGCCCAGGAAACAACUCCCCAAAACAUCAAUGAGUCCAGCUCGCUGAAAACAACAUGGAAAGAGAUCACAGUGGCUUUUAUAAUGAGGACCAAGAUCCACGGUUUAAAGUUUGUCUUCUCUCCGGACAAGUCCAAACCCCAGCGCGUCAUCUGGAUCAUGGCCUUCUUUGUGUGUUUGAGUCUCCUCGCCACCUGGUCCUGGAAUCGAAUCCUCUACCUGAUGUCCUACCCGGCCAUCACCAAGAUCUACAUGGUGUGGGCUCACAACAUGUCCUUCCCGGCCGUUACUUUCUGCAAUCAGAACGUUUUCCGAGUGUCCACUCUGACCAGGGACGACCUUUACCACAGCGGCUACUGGAUGGACCUCAUGUAUCCCAACCACACAGUGAUGGAGCGGAGCCUGUCCAUUCUGAAAGACAACCACAAACAGGGGCUCCUGAGCCUGCUGGACUUCACCAACUACACCCCGCCCCCUGAUUACCGCAUCAACACCACUGAAAUGAUGGGACGCCUCGGCCACCAGCUGCACGACAUGCUGCUGGAGUGCAGGUUUCGUGGGGAAACAUGCACCUACAAAAACUUCAGCACUAUUUACACACGCUACGGAAAAUGCUACACGUUCAAUUCAGGAUUAGACGGCAACCCUUUGUUGACUACGUUAAAAGGUGGUACGGGAAACGGCUUGGAGAUCAUGCUGGACAUCCAGCAGGAUGAAUACCUCCCCGUUUGGGGAGAGACAGAUGAGACCUCCUACGAAGCAGGCAUCAAGGUUCAGAUCCACAGCCAGGAUGAGCCGCCCUUCAUUGACCAACUGGGAUUUGGUGUGGCCCCUGGUUUUCAAACUUUUGUGUCAUGUCAGCAGCAACUGCUUCAGUACCUCCCUCCGCCAUGGGGCGAUUGCAAGUCUACUCCCAUAGACUCUGAAUACUUCUCCACGUACAGCAUCACCGCCUGCCGUAUUGACUGUGAGACCCGCUACCUGCUGGAGAACUGCAACUGCAGAAUGGUUCACAUGCCGGGGACUUCUACAGUUUGCACACCUGAACAGUAUAAAGACUGUGCUGACCCAGCUUUAGACUUUUUGGUAGAGAAAGACAACGAUUACUGUGUCUGUCAGACCCCCUGCAACAUGACUCGCUAUGGCAAGGAGCUGUCCAUGGUUAAGAUCCCCAGUAAGGCCUCUGCUAAAUAUCUGGCUAAGAAAUUCAACAAAACUGAGCAAUAUAUCGGAGAAAACAUAUUGGUCUUGGACAUCUUUUUCGAAGCUCUGAAUUACGAGAAGAUUGAGCAGAAGAAGGCCUAUGAAAUUGCGGGGCUCCUCGGUGACAUUGGAGGUCAGAUGGGGCUGUUUAUCGGAGCCAGUGUUUUAACAAUACUGGAAAUAUUUGACUACCUAUAUGAGGUGUUUAAGGAUAAGGUUUUGGGUUACUUCACACGCAAGAAACGACCUCAGCGUUGCCAGAGCGACAAUCUGGAGUUUCCAGAGAACCCAACCAGCCCUGGUGUCACGCCUAAUCAUGCCCCCAGAGCACCUGUGACACCCUCCGGAGUCACUCGGACAGUCUCGGAUUCACGCCGAACAUGUUACCUCGUCACCCGACUCUAGGCAACUUCGAGGAGUUUGCUUGUUGACGACAUAAAGUAGGGGUCGGGGGUGGGGGUGGCACAUGUGGGGGACUCGCCAGCAAACUGUGAAAUAAUUUAUGUAUUUAACAGAACAAGGGGUUGAUUGUAUAACUCAGAAUCAUAUAGUAGAGUUUAUCAAUGCCUGAAUAGAAAUAGAAUACUAUCAUCAGAAGAAAAAAAAAGAGAGACCACUUCCAAAACAGAACUCAGGUUUAACUGCCAUGUCAAGGCGUCAGUGUUAAUUUAUUCAUGUUUCAUUUUGUGCAAUUGUUUUUCUUAUGCAGUCACUUUAGAAUAUACAAUCACUGAAGAUAAUAUACGUGUCCAAAAAGGGAUUCUGACGAGUUACUGUUGUGCUAGUUUUUUUCUGUACAUCGGUGGAAAAAUAGAAGUCUACAUGUGGACGGUGGUGUGUGUAACUUUGCAGUUUCUUCUCAGUGUUAACGUCUCCCGCAUCUAACCAAUGCUGUAUCGAGUGACCUUAUACCCGUCACCAGUUAGAACAGCAGAGCCUUUUUACCAAUCUGCUCCACUUUGACGAGCUGAUUGUCGGAUAUGAAAAGAACUGCUCACACCUGAAUCCAAACACUGCACCAGUGUUUCACGUUGCCUUUUGCUACUUUGAGGCUUCGAGUCGAGCCUCGUUAAUUAUACAACUGUGUCUGAAAACAGAGGAGGAACUUGAUUAUUUGUACACAUGCAAGGAUUUAGUUGAGACGACAGAAGCUAUGGAGCUGGAUGUGUUUUGUUAACGUUACUCACUUUUUACAUAAAGUACAUUUAAAAAAAGGAGUCAGGAGGCAAAACAAGGCUGUUGAUUGUACCUUUAUAUCUUUAUAUAGCUGAUAUGUUCAUUUUCAUUCACGUCUCCCAUUUUUUCUGGGAUAGUGUUGCUACGGCGACCGUCACAAAAUGAUGCUAGCGUUCAGCCCGCUGUAAAAGUCGGCCCUUAUUUCACGUGGGACUCAUCAGACCAAAAACAACAAACCAGGCGUUCUUCUGCCUUUUCUAAUAAUUCUGUUGUUUUUCUUGUCGUGUCUUAAAGGUGUUGAUCAGCACAAUGAUAGUAAUCUAUUCUCUAUUGAACAUGACUGAGGGUUUAAAUAAGGAUUGUUGCUGACGUUGAAGUUUUUGGUGAUUGCAACAUGACAGCAGGAGAGAUUAUUAUGUAGAAGAGAAUUGCCUCAAAGCAUCAAAACUACCAUGCAUCUCAGUUCAGUUGAUUUAUAACAGAAAUGCAUUGUACAAUUUUACCAUUGUAUCCUCGUAUAAUUAUUAUUAUUGCAGAACAUGUAAUGAGUCACAAAUAAGAGUUUGUGAUGUAUAAAUGAUCAAGUAUAAUAAACUCUAUAUUUACCCAUCUUACUCAUGUACACAACUUUUCUUCUUAUCUCUGUGUCCGUCCACUUCCUCCCCUCUCCUUGAAACCCUUGACACCACAGUUAUGGACUUGGAGGUAGAGUCACACAUCCCUCGCUAUAAAUACUUUAUUGACUUUCUUUUUCUCUUCCGAUGUGAAACUUUUCAAGUAUAAUGCCGAUCACAGUGAGUGGUGGUCAUAAACAUUGUAGCUUUAUUACCCUGUUGUCUGUUGUAUUAGAUGACUGUUGAUGUGAAGCACAAACCCUUGGAGAUCAGCCAUCACUCGAAAGCCAAUGACUGGACGUCUCUGGUUGUGACUACCUUUUACGGAUCGACUUUUAACUUUCUCACACUGUUACGCACGGUGUGUUCACUGCUCCGGCGUUAUCAGGGAUAACGAGCGUUUUCUCCAAGAGGAGCCAGAGACCACCUCGUGAAGAGACUUUAUCCAAAUGGAAACGUUACCUUUCAGGAAAAGAAAAGAAAAAAAAAAAAGGUGAAAUCGGUGGCGUUGCGUCAUGAGCAAUAAAUGCACUGGAUCAGAAAAGCCACUGUUAUCAAACUAAAAUGAUUGAUUUGGGAUUAUCAUGACAUGGUCAACAGCUGGAGUGGAUGUAGACUACAAGCAGCUGCCAACUGCAACACACUAAUGUACGAUACACAUGAAUAACAACCAUCAUCAUCAUCAGCCAAAACAAAAGAGACACAAAAAUGCCAAUUCAUGUUACGCCAUGAUGCUAUUCUGAAGAUGCUGCAUUGUCAUGACGAUUUUAAGUGUGUGUGAGCGUGUGUAACGUUGAAUCUACCGUGAACUGUGGGGGUGUGUAGGAUUUGUAACUUUAACCCCCUGGCCCACCCCUGCCUUACCAGUGGAAGAUCGGCAGAGUGUACGUGAACUGGCAGAAACUCAUCCGUGACCUGUGUGUGCUCAUUAAGUCAACCGACAUUUACUGCAUAGCUAUGACCAAGUAGAAAAACAAUAUUCUAUACUGUUACUGUACAGAGAUUUGAGCUAUUUUAUUCUUACAGUUAAUAAGUUAUAAUAAUGAUAACACGGCACAGCCCCUUGUUUUCUUCCUGCAUGACCACUGUGUACCCCUCUAUUAUCUCUGGUCUCUAAAUGUAAUAUUAGCCAAGCUAUUCACUUUGUAUUGUCCAAAGUGUAUUUCUGGAGCCAGGUGAAUCUAAGAGAGUUCUCCAUAUAUAGUGUGGUGCAGUUUAGGAUUUUUAUAAUAAAUCAUGCAACAUUUAACUAAAGAACGAUAAGUGUGCAGAUGUGGAAAAUUACAAUAUCAGACUUUUCUAUGAGUUCAAAAACAUAAUGUGGCUUCAAGUUAAAAAAGAUGUGCCUUUAAGACUGGUACUUUCAGGAAACAUUAACAUUUUUAUCCACACACGCGGGGAACUGGAUUCGCUUCAUCUGGCUCUAUGUGCAUUUUAUUGUAGAUAUGUGAUUUUAACUCUAAACUGUACAUUAAAUAGUUCAUACAAUGAACCGUCCGUUGCGUUCUGAGUCUUAAACUAAACUGUUGCUGAACUGUGCCAACUGGGAACAGAUUGUCUCGAUGACAUGUUCAAUAUCAGUGAUGGGAUCACAGAUAAAAACACACACUGAUCUGCUGAGGUUAGAACAGUUUGGGUUCAUUGACACGAGAUUUCAGUGUGUGGUUUUCUCUGAGCUCGUUUUAUUGGUCGGAUACGUCUCGGCUGGGAGAAGGUUUCUUGAGAGCUUCAAUUAUUAGUCAAAUAUCCAAAAUCCUUAGACAUUAGAUUCUU